ACAACCACAACUACAACUACAACAAGAUGGCCACAAUCAAGGGUCUGCAACCCAACACCGCUCGUUUCGACGGCUCGCCGCUCCGCAUCGCUAUUGUGCACGCACGGUGGAACCAGACUGUGAUUGAUGCGCUCCUCGAGGGCGCGGUCAAGAAGCUGAAGGAGGCGGGAGUGAAGGAUUCGAACAUCGUCAUCCAGUCUGUCCCGGGCAGCUUUGAACUUCCCCUCGCUUGUUCGCGCGUGAUCGCAGGCUCGCACGUCCAAGCGGGCGCGACGGCCACAGACCUCCUCGGCGGCCUCACCAUGUCCCCCACCGCCUCUCUCUCCUCCCGCUCCAACACCCCCGCACCCACGACGCUCACGAUGCCCAACCAGCCGUUCGACGCCGUGAUCGCGAUCGGGGUGCUCAUCAAGGGCUCAACGAUGCACUUUGAGUACAUCUGCGACUCGGUCUCGCACGCGCUCAUGCGCUGUCAGAUGGAUACGGGCAUUCCGGUGAUAUUUGGGGUGUUGACGGCGUUGAAUGAUGAUCAGGCGUUGGAGAGGGCGGGGCUGGGGAGGGGAGAGUCUAAGGGGCAUAAUCAUGGGGAGGAUUGGGGCGCUGCGGCGGUGGAGAUGGCGUCGCAUACGAGGAGGUGGGGACAGGGGCAGUUCUAGGUGGGAUUAGGACUUGGAUAAGAAGCUUAAAUAUGGACGCAGAUGUACGAAUGAGUCUGUCGAGAUUAUUCGAUGUGUUGUAAUCCAGCUGUACUUCGUUGCUGCAUGGCGG